GGAAAAUGACAGAUGUCAAAAUUCAAAACAUUACAUAUCCAAUAGUAUAAAUUUUAUUUUAUUCUUUACUAAUCUAUCUAAUACGCAAAUCAAUUGAAAGAAUCUGUUACUUUAUAUCUAUUGCAUAGAUUACAGUUUUAAGUAAAAUUACAUAACAGUGUAUCAGUCCCACAAAAAAAUCUACAAUGAGCCAUGAAGAGGAUGAGGACUACAAAGUCUCAUCAGAGAUAUACGAAGAAUUUGAUUACACUUCCACAGCAAAGCCCAUAGUUAAUAAAAAUAACACAGUUUCAAAAUUUGUUUUUACAUUGCCCACAAAAGCCAAAAUUGAUCCAGAUGGUGAUUUGGAAGUAACCAGACGGCACAAUGCAGAACUGAGCAUACAAAUAGAACACAGUAAAAGUACUGUUUUGAAUCUGGUGGGUUUGCAGAUUUGGCGGGGUGCAUUGUUGCUGGCUGAUUGGCUGAUAUUCAAUGCUGAAAACAUUACCAAGGAUUCUUACAUUUUGGAAUUAGGAGCAGGUGUUGGAUUUACAAGUAUUGUUGCUUCUAUGUUUGCACCUGUGUACUGUAGUGAUGUUAAUAGAAGUGAUUUGUUUCAGUUGAUUGAGAGUAACUAUAAUAGAAAUAAGAGUCUAACAAAGUUUCCUUUGAAAGUAGUGGAAUUAGAUUUUCUUGUACAGACUUUGCCAAAUGAUAUAGUAAACAUUUUACCACAAGUUUCACUUAUUAUAGCUGCAGAUGUGGUAUAUGAUGAUAUUAUUACUAAAGCAUUUGUAAAUACUAUAGAACAUUUACUAUCUAAACCACCACAAAGGUCUGUUAUUGUUGCUCUGGAAAAAAGAUAUGUAUUUACUUUAGCUGAAUUUGACUCUGUUGCUCCCUGUUAUGAUUAUUUUAUAGAGUGUUUAGAAAAUGUUAAAAAUAUUAAAGUAGAACAAAUAAAAUGUGAUUUUCCUCAGUAUUUUAAAUAUGAACGUGUGGAACAGCUUGUUUUGUGGAAAGUGACUUCAAAUUUUUAACAUCCUGUUGUUUAUUGAUGUGUAUGUUUAAAAUAAAGGUUGUUAAAGAGA